AUGAGCUCCAACACCGGUCCAUUGGCGUUUUUACAGGUUACGCAGGUCCGGGAUGUUAUCCAGGACAUUGCGUCUCCACAUGCGCACAUAUUAUCUGAGGCUUUAAUUUUCGGAGUCGUGAUUGUCGAUUUUGGUGGAAGUAACGCUGCUUUGGGUAAGUUUGUAGAUUUGAUACAAAAGAAAGAAAAGCUGCAAGGCGCUGGCUCUGUGGUUAUCUACGUUGGACAAGAAGAGAAGGUCACGUCCAAUGAACGGAAGCCCCCGUCCGAAGACCUGCAAAAAGCCUUCCCAAUUGUCAGCAACAUCGCAGACAUUCGAGACGCGGUCAUCGCGAAAAUAGGAAGACAAGCAUACUACGACGAUUUGCAAGCGAACUGGGGGGAAUGGAUCAGUGACAGGGAACUAACAUCGCAGAUUUGA